AUGUCCGGUCUCUUCACCCUACAUCCUCACCCGAUCGGCAUAAAGUGGUGGACGAGCCUUUGGAAGGCCAACAAGAACCUCACUGGAGCGGAGCUAAAUGCUAAGAUGGCCUCGUCAGCUCAACAGUUCACCCACAGGCAUUUCGGUCGAUUCUUCUACGCUCAUCGGGCCGGCUCCUGGGGUACUCAAGCGCCCUUCGUGGUAGCCUUUAUCGGCAUUAAGUUGGCGUCGAUGAUGUACGGCACUAGGAGGGAUCAGAAGGCGGCGAUAGCGGCGGCUGAGGCUUAUGGUCAGGGAGGGUUCAUGGUUAGUAACCCUCCCAAGUAG